CCGAGUUAGAAGCUAAAAUAACUUGAACAGAUUGAGACAGGGACACAGAGGGAACCAUGGAAAAAACAACUGAGAGACACACACAAAGACAACAAAGGAUAAACUGAAACAAAAAAUAUAUUCAGGAAAGCGUGUGGCCAGGACCAGGACUCAUCUGACCCACUACAGGACCAUAGGUGGACUGAGCCGCGAUGGACUAUGAACCAAAGAAAUCCAAGAAGGGUUUUGUCUCCCCCAUUAAGAGGCUGGUCUGGUCCAAAUCUGGUCGAAGGCCAGUAGAUCGAGGCAGCAUUUACCGCCGCCCACUGCACACUGUACCCCUCUACCCCCCCGACUACAUCAUCCACCCUGAGAGGCUCAUCUUCGACUAUGUAGAGAAGGAGGUCAAGUUCCUUGGUCACCUGACCUGGGUGUCGGUUUCACUGAAUCCCUCCAGCCGAGAUGAACUGCUACAACUACUGGAUACAGCCAGGCAGCUGAAGGUACUGCCGUUAAAGACCAGCAUGGAUCAGGACUGUAUCCUGAGUCUGUCUGCUCGCUGUCUGCUGCUGACGUGGAGGGACAAUGAGAAGCUGCUAAUGAGGAUUCCCACACACGAGAUCGCUGCUGCCUCCUACCUGAGAGACGACGCACUGCACCUGCUGAUCCUCAAGACAGGUCUGAACGUGGACACCGUGGUUGCCGGGGACGACAGCCUAGACAGGAAAAAGCCAACAGGCAUCGAUGGGCGACGUCAAACCAUGAGCUGCAACGCCGACCCGCGACCCGCAGGGGGCACAAUGGAGCGGCGACACACCAUCUGUGGCGUCGAUUGGAGGCCAUCACUGUCCAGGAGUAACCACGACAAAAACCAGAACGUGGAGAGAGGAGGAGGUGGAAGUGGUGGAGGGGGAGAGAGAGGAGGAGGAGGGAGUUUAGAGAGGAAGAGAGUGGGAGGGAGCUGGGAGAGGAGGCAGCAAACACGUAAAACAGGAGGGAGCUGGGAGAAUCGCAGAGCAAGGCCCAUGAGCGGGAGCUGGGGGGUGGGAGUAGGAGGAGGCGGUGGAGGGAGCUGGGAGAGGAGGCAUGGAGGAGGGGGAGGAGGUGGUGGAGGAGGGGGGAGCUGGGAGAGGAGAGGAGGAGGUGGUGGAGGAGGAGGAGGAGGCAGCGGUGGGAGCUGGGAGCGGCGGCAAGCCUGCACAGGGAGCUGGGAACGGGGUAAGAGCUACGGCAGCUGGGAGAGGAGGAACCACAACCCGCUGGAGCCCACGCCCUGCCCCGACGCCUACUGUAACCUGGUCAUCCUGGCUGUAGAGAACAGGGAUGCUGCAGAGGAGUACUGCUCUCUGAUCUGUCAGAUGUUCCAGAUCAUUUACGGCCAUCAGACCAUUGAGUGUGUCGACAGGGCCGGGUUUCAUCACACUAUGCCUGACCGCUAUUGGCUGCAGAGGAGUGACAGCUGUCUGACCGACAUGUCCUACAGUUAUGAUCCAGAGUUUAGCUGCUGCAGCUCAUACGAUGGCUCCCAGGAUGCCUUUGAGCUCUACUACAGUGAGACAUACAGCGAAAGUUCAUCUCUCUCGCUGCAGGACUCUCAUCGCAGUCUGGCUUCAGGCAGUGACGCGGGAGACAGUAACCCCGCCCUACUGCUGAUGCAGGAGUACAUGAUCACACUACGAAACAAGCUGAGUCCAGUGGAGUUGCAGCAGUUUGCAGUGUUGCUGAGAGAAUAUAGACUGGGAUCAAACAUUGACCACUUCUGCUCUGAGCUGUUGCAACUGUACGGAGACAACCGCAAGUUCCUGCUUCUGGGCAUGCGUCCGUUUAUCCCAGACAAAGAUGUUGGAGUGUUUGAGAGUUUCCUGGAGAGCAUUGGGAUCCGAGAGGGAGGGAUUUUAACUGACAGCUUUGGACGCAUCAAACGCAGCAUGAGCAGCACGUCAGCUACGGCCAUGAGAGGGUACGACAACUGCUCUCUGGCUUCAGGAUCUCAGGAAUUCAACCGACGCAUUACUGACAUCACCCAUGACAUCCAGGCGCUCGGCUUCCAGGACACGCACGGAGACAUUGAGGAGGAAGACUACUACCUCUGAUGGAGGCGUUCAGUUCCUCAUUGAAUCUAGACGGCAUCUGAACUCUGAAUCUGCCUGAGUGCCUCUAACCAAGACCAAGGCGUCCACAGCCCAGGUUCUGCAUUACAAGAUGAAUAAACUGCAAAUAUGAAUAGUCUAAUGGGGUGGACUCUUUAAUGUUGACGUCUUAAAGUACUGAUCCUGCUGUGUGCGCAGACGAGAAAUCAAAACAACAGGUGAGUGUAAGAAAAGUAAAGUAAGAAAGCUAUUCUCUGACUUUGAUUGACUUAACUGAUUAAAUAUGACUGCGGUUUCUUUACAUGUACAGCAAAGUUAGAACUAUGAUUAAACAAUUAUAAAAAUUUUUAAUUUACAUUAAAUUUAAAACAUCAUUGCUACUUAAAUUAAAAAUUAAAAAAAACUCCACUGACAAAUGUCUUUUCUAUGUAUUUUGAAUUAACCUGAAUGAAACUGAAACCUGAAUUUUCCUCCUGUGGCUUUUAUUGAAGACAGAAAUCAAUUAAAUCCCAGUCUGAUCAUUUUACAUAAAAAGGAAACAUAAAGAGGAAAACCUUCCAGGCAUCACAGCCCUGUAACAUAAUUGAGUUUUCUUUUCUGUUGGAGGAGGACCGACUGAUUGGGUUCAUUGCAGGCAAACAGCUGUUUGUUGCCACUUCAUCUGCUGCUUCUGAUGGUCAAAGGUCAUGAUUAAAGUUCAUAUAUUGUGUCAACCAAACUAAUUACAGAUUAAAUAAUUGAAUCUCUCUACAGCUCAUCAUUACAAAAAAAUAAAAUUCAAAGCAUUUUAAGUGAGCAGUGCACUUAUUACUGUUCACAAUAAUAACAUUUCACUUUUUAACUUUAAUGACUUUGUAAGAAA